ACGUAGCACUGAUCAGUGGUACGUAGACAAAAAUCGACGUAGUUUUCUCCUCAUCCUCACUAGUUUGCGUUCGUCAUAUUUGUGACCGUCUCCAGCUCACUUUCACAACCCACCAGCGUCUGCAACGAUGGUCGCCAAACAGAGGAUUCGCAUGGCCAACGAGAAACACAGCAAAAACAUCACCCAGAGAGGCAACGUCAAAUCAUCGAAAAACGUCAGUGAUGAUAAAGUUUCGGUGGGACCCUGGCUCUUGGCGCUUUUCAUCUUUGUGGUCUGCGGUUCAGCAAUAUUCCAGAUCAUUCAGAGCAUUCGAAUGGGCAUGUAAAGAGGACCAAUGAUGUCUCAAGCAUCCACUCCUUGCCAGCGACUUUGCCAAGGAGCCUCUCUUCAAGGCUUUUUGCAGAUUUCAUUGAUUAAUCUUCUAUGAGGUGCAACAAUCCUAUCAUUCCUCUCUGGUGCCUUGUUAAUGAAGAAAACACAAAAAGCCAUAAAACUUCAUUCCGAUCAAUUGUAAUGUUGUUUUCUGUCAAUCUACCUUGAUGUUGUGUAAAAAAAUCUUGACGCGUCACGAGCAGUGAUGUGAUUCGUCAUUCCUGAUUUCUCGUUCGUUCUUGAAGUAAUUUUGCAGAAAUUAUUUAACGUCUUUUUGUUCGCUUUUCGGGCCCCCAAAAACAGCCAUUUUGAAGUUUGCACAAAAUAGAGUAUUAGGAAAUGAAAAGCCAGCCAGCGAAUCCCAAAAAUGUGUCUCUUUUCACACAUCGUAUUAUUUUUUUUUUCUUUCACUUGUUUUCUUUGUAAUUUAAUAGCUGCCUCCUUUCUUGAAUACGGAACUUAUCCUGAAUAAUUUAGUUCUCUGGCACAUAAUCUUGUGGUUGUGGUAAUGUUUGCCAUAAUAGAAUAAGGCUUAGCAAAUCGGCUUUUUCAGAAUUGACGAUGUUACAUACUGUAUGCUAUGAAAAGAGGAAAGUAAAGAGGAAAAGAGCUGGACUAAAAUAAAAUGUUUAUAAAUGA